CCUGAACCUCAACUCUAUCAAACACCAACACCCACGAUCAGCAACCACAGUGCUUGCAUCUUCCAGCACACCAACGCCGCAGAUCCGAUUUCACAUAGGACGGCACUCGCGCGCUCUGUCAAGCUCGUUGAUCGUUUCAUAUUUGGGGAUUUGGGGUAGCGCGCGGGAUCGGGGUAGCAGUUCAAGGGAGUGGGAAUCUCAGGCAAGACCUGAAGGCGAGGUGGCCAUCUGGUGGAUUGGCAGUCAUCAAAUACACACUUCUUGAUCUCACUGAGUUGAAUGCAAUUGCGUGGAGUUAGCUAGCUGUUGUUGAAGAGUCUCUUUUCCGGCGUCACAAGUCUGGAGAAGGAUCUCAAGAGACAAAGACAUUUUUCAUUGUGGAAGCCUUUGCCCAGAUCAUUAUCAUCUCACAAGCUCAAGCAGUCUCUUCGUCUCACUUUUCCCCAGCCUUUCUAUAGCCCAUCAUGAACUCCGAAAUAUCUGAAGGUGUUGCGGAGGACUUUCGACAGGCUCUGCUGGAUCUCACUUUGAAUUCGCGUUAUGAGAUCAGCAAUCUAACCGUCAUUGCAAGGGAAAAUACAGAGCAUGCAUACGCCAUAUCAGAGGCUUUGAAAACACACAUCAAGCAGGUAGGAGCGGAGUCUUCUUAGUCCCCCAACUAGAUUUUCUAGUUUUUAUGUUUCAUAUUUCUUUUGAUUUCAAUUUCUGUAGAUAAAUUUGACAUCGUUGCUUACACUUCGCCAGACCUCAUCUCAAAAGAAGCUGCCUGCUUUUUAUGUUCUCGAUUCUAUCGUCAAAAAUGUCGGUACGCCCUAUACCAUAUUUUUGUCCCGAGGGCUCUAUGCGACAUUUAUGGAGGCUUACGCCUCAGUCGACACCGUCGUACGAAGGAAGAUGGAUGAGAUGUUGAAGACAUGGAAAGAGCCAGUACCAGGUGCCUUGGAUUCAAGACCCGUAUUCCCACGAGAUGUGACCAGCCCAAUUGAGAAUGCGUUGAUCAAGGCCAAAACAUCUGCAGUUCAAGCUCACAAUGAAUACCUCCGAAGUCGACAGCAACAGCAAGAUCGUGGACGACCAAGUGCUAGCGCUCUUCCACAUCGAGAGACUCCUACACCUCCAAACUAUCGACAACAACCUCCACCAUCAAACGUUCCUCCACCUCAAAACAACUACAGACCACCGCCGCCAGCUCCAAUGCCAACUCCGCCUACCAUGUACCGACCCCCACCUGCAACAGUUCUCCCAAUUCCACCCGUUGCGUAUGGGCAACCACCUGUACAGCCUGCCAUUCCAAAUAACUCUAAUCCUCUACCUACCCAGCUACCCCCUUCUAUGCUACUUGAGUUGCUACGAGCCACAGGCAGACUUCCUGCUGUACCACCUACUGCUCCACCGGUAACCAGCACACCUCCUUUCCCUGGAAAUGCUCUUCCGGGAUUCCCCCCAUCGUUCGUGAUCCCGCCCCCAACUCAUGUUAGCACACCACCUGUUGCGAGAACUCCUCCAUUCCAAAAUGCAACCCCAGUGCCUCGGACAGCCUUGGUUGAGCUGCCCAACGACGUUGUUUUUUCUGAUCCUCACUCUUUGAAAUUGUAAGAAACCCCAUUCCUGCUAUACCACGCCCACGACUAACAACCUUCAGACCUAGGCCACAUUUGAUAUCUCGUCUAUACGAAAAGCUUGGCACAGCUUGUACGCAAUGUGGACGUCGUUUUCAGUCCGAUGAAGCAGGUAGAAAGAAGAAAGCCGAUCACAUGGACUGGCAUUUCAAGGUUCAUCAGAGAAUGAGGGAAGCAGAGAAGAAUGGACAGCACCGAAGUCUGUAUGUAGAUGAGAUGGCAAGUUUCAUUUCCUCGUAUCUCGGAGGAAGUAUCUAAUUGUAAUAUUAGGAUUGGAUCAAAUCCCGUGAAGUGGAGGGCGACAGCGUUACGGUCCCAAAUGAAGGGCUGAAUGGCUCCGGGAUCGCUAGUUCCAGCGUAGAUAGCAAACCAGAACUGCAAUAUUUGCCCGUUCCUGAUGACCCCGCCUUAGCUAGCAGUCACUGUCCAAUUUGUCAAGAAAAAUUUGAACCAAAGUGGCUUUACAAUGCCGAUGAGUUUGUCUGGAUGGAUGCUCGGAAGGUUGGAGAUAGGAUAUUUCAUGCAAGCUGUUAUGCAGAAGCAACGAAAGAUUUGAGUUCCAUUUUGAAAAAGGCAACCCCAGAACCUGCAGGUAUAUUGGGCAAAAGAAAGGCGGAGGUGAGUUUUCAUGUGUCGCUUCUUAGACUUGGGACUUUCACUAAUGAAUGAACAGGAUGAUCAGGUUGCAUAUAGAUCUAAGAUCAAGAUCGAACCCACUUCAUGAGGCUAACGAAUUACUUGUACUGGUCUCCACCAAACUAAUAACACUUUAUACUUGAUAGCAUAGCCCUGGCGUUGGCUAAAGAUACGUAAUGCAUAGUGCCAGUCUCAAUUGAGGCAACAAUGAAUUGAAACAAUUACC